AUGAAAGUUGAACAUAGUCCGAAUGAAGCCAAGGAGCAGAAAUCACCGCAACCUAUCGUCCCAAUCGUAUCUUAUGGGGGAAAUGACCGGCUGCCGGACAUACAGCUUUACAAUCUUAAAUCCCUCAGAAUCAACAAAACCGACGAAGUACCGCAUCCCACGCUCAUGCCAGAGAUGAAAUCCUCAGAGCCAGACGAACAGGCGACAACUGUCACAAAUCCAUCCUCGGAAUCAGAACAAUCUAAGAAAGUCAUGACAAACAACUUGUCGCUGACCAAUUUGGCUAAAGUAUUUCGAACUCAAUUCCCAGCUUCUGAAGAGCCAGUAGAUGUUCGUCGAGCGCCAGAAAAACCGGUGAAUCCAGCAAAGAGACAAGCUGAUCCAUCUGCAGAAGACAAAACUAGAGAAGAGAUUAUCUACGACUUAGCAGAGGAGAAGCAACCCGAGCUGAAGAUGGAGAAACCUGAAGAGGCGAAAAAGAAGUUGAAUGCUGUACAAGAGCCAAUAAAACCAGCACCAAACCCUGUCCGAUCUAUUGUUGUGGAUCCUAUUAGGCCUGUUAAUGCCUAG